AUAUUCAUUUUAUAGAAAGCUCCCUCUGUUUCUCUAACGUUCUUUAUGAGAUAUUAUUAUAAACUAAUGCAAUUUGUUUUUACUAGGAAACCUGUAAACUUAAUGGAAUCCAUGCCAGAAGAGUGAAUCCCUACACAGAGAUGGUUGUUUAAAGUUCUUUGGUAAUACAAUGGAUUAUAUUAUUUGAUAUUCACUUGCGAAGUAAUUCUUCUCCCUACCACUGUGAAGUUUCUGUGUUUGGAAUAAGAAUUAUCUGCCAAUAGACUUUCAGCAACUUUUGGAGGAAAAAAUUUAAAUUCGUUAUAGUGCUGAUAAUGUCAUCAAAUAAUCAGACCUCAGAGAUGGAAGAUCUAAGUCCAGAGAGCAUUGCUGCAUGCAUUGUAUUGUCUUUGGCAUCCGUUAUUGGGAUUCCAGGGAAUCUGGUCGUCAUUUGGAGUAUCUGCGGUAUUCUAAAAUCUUGCUCCUGCACUACCAUUUUGAUCUUAAAUCUUGCUUUUGCAGACCUCAUUGUCCUGGCUACAUUACCAAUCUGGAUUUACUCCUUUGCUGACCACUGGGUGUUUGGGGUCACAUUCUGCAAGGCUCUAGUAUACCUAAUCUACUCAAGCAUGUAUGUCAGUCUUUUUCUCAUCACAUUAAUGAGCAUUGAACGCUAUCUUGCUGUUUUUCAACCUUUUGCCCUACAGAAGUGGGACAGGCAGAAGGUAUUUCUGAAAGUCAUCAUAAUCAUCUGGAUACUGGCAGCAAUGUUUGGCAUUCAGAUCCUCCCAUUUCAAAAAACCCAUGAGGUAGAAGGUAGACUGCAGUGCACCUUACGUGACUACAAAUCAAGUGGACAGAAGAUAGCCUGUCUUGUCUUUGAAACUCUAUUUGGAUUCUUCAUUCCGUUUGGCAUUAUCUGUACCUGCUAUGUCUGCCUGAGGAUGAGGAUACAAAAAAUUAAUUAUAAAGCUAAGCAAAAGUCUGAUGCUUUAAUCGCAAGUGUCAUUAUAGCUUUUUGCCUUUGCUGGAUUCCCCACCACAUUUGCAAUCUUCUGGACAUUUUCUCAGUCCUGUUUGAAACUUCACAUCCAGAUCUCUCAAGUACUCUUGAAGAAAUUACAGAAACAGGCGCAACCAUUUCAGGCGCUUUGACGUUCCUUAGCAGCUGUGUGAACCCAAUAUUAUAUGCUUUUGCGGCACGUAAGUUUCGCAGCCAUACAAGGUUCAACCAGUUGGUCAAGCUGUUUGAGAAUGUGGCAACUUUAGAACCAUCCCAGAACCCAAAGAGGGAGACAGAAGGAACACAGACUGACAACAGCAACGACAUGGGUGUGAUAGAACUACAGGACAUCCUAAAACUAUAGGAUAGACGCUUUUCUUAGGUAUUUCACAGUCAUGGUGGUAAAAUAGGCUAAAUCCAAAAUCAUGUGAAAAGAGUGAGAAAAUAUCUCAAAAAUGACUUAACCAAUUCACUUUUUUAUUUCUAAUUAUUUGUUUCUGCUUAACAAACCAAACACAUACACCAAAUGUAAAGUUGUCAUUUGCCAAGUAUUUCAACUGGCAAGCCAGUAAAAAUUGACCCUUAAAUGUCUAGUUUUUAGCUCCUCUGAACAGUGGAAAAUAUCACAUAUGACACAAAUAAAAUGACAUAACGCAUUCAAAAAAUGCUCAAAUUUGUAAGAACAUUUUUUUUGUUGCACUAUUGUUUGCACAUAAGUAUCGGGUUGAUCACAAUCCUUUAGAAAAGCUUAUGAAAUAAAUUAUGUACAAAAAUUCCCAUAGACUAUGAUGGGGUAUUUUGUAGAAAAUUGUUGAAAAAAACUUUUCUAAAGGAUUGUGAUGGACUCCUAUAUAUUCAAUUUCUUCAAAGGGGUUAAAAAAUAGUUAAAGUCAGGGGUUAAACACGCAGUUAUAUGCAACCAACAGAGAAAUAAUAAAAUACAAUAACACUUUAGAACAUUUCCUUGUUGCAUUUUUAUGCUGCUUUAAAAUGCGAUGUAACUUCUUCUUUUUUUUUUAAUGUGUUUCUCUCAACACAUGGGUUAUUCUCAAAAUAACUGUGUGUUACCAACAGCCAAGGGAAUAAACUCAUUACUCUGUGAAUGUUACUAGCACUGAAAGGAAAGAAAAAUGGCUGCACCACCCAAAGACUUUAGACUUAUAAUGCACAUAUCUUUUAAGACUACCUACGCAUGCAUGUAAAACCAUUUCAUUAUAUCCAAUGAUUUGUAUUUUCUUUUUAUAAAGGGUCUUAUGAAAACCAGUAUCAUAAAAUC